AACAGCGAGGAAGAGAUGCUCGCCUCCCUUUGCGUGCACGGCCGGAGCCUGGCUGGCACUAUAUAAAGCCCUUGCUGUGAAGCCUUUCUUCCCCAGAGAGACGCCUCAACCCAGCCCGACCACCAAGAACACCAAGCCACACCCCAUCCACUCCACGGUGAGGUUGAGCGAUCCGAGCAAAUCAUCCGCGACGCAGCGACAGGUUUGUUCUCUGAACUCUCUGGUUCUUUUUAGCAGCAGGGACGGACGCACAAGAAAGGUCCGGUUCAAGAAGGCUCUUCUUUUGGGUUUAUUUGAUCAAAAGAAGCGUGUUCUUGGGUUAGGAUUUUUUCUCACCUCACUCAGCUCACCUAGGAGGAACAGAGAUCCAGAGAACCUUUUUUCUGAUCUGGAUUCUUGCCGCUUUUUAGCCUUCCUUUUGCCUCUGUAACACCAGAAAGGGUUCUUUUGCAAUACCCUCCUGGUUCAUCCCCUUUUUCUUUUCUCACAACCCGAUUAAACCCCCUUGUUUCUCUACUUUUAUUGAGGAACAGGGCUAAUUUUCAAGCUUUUUCUACUUUGAUUCUUGCAUCAAAAGCACCUUUUAUUUCUUCCUGUUUUUAGUUCUCCGCGUACAUUUCUUCUUCUUCUUCUUCCUUCAGCUCCAUCCAAGCUUCUAUCUAGUCCUAAUGGCCACGGCUAUAGAUAUAUACAAGUACACACACCAGGUCGCCACCACCACCUCUGCUUCGGAUCAGGAGCUCAUGAAAGCACUCGAACCUUUUAUACGGAGUGCUUCCUCCUCUUCGUCUUCCUUCCCCUACAACUACUACUCUCCUUCGUCCAUGACCCAAGAUUCUUACAUGCCUACACCCUCUUACACCUCCCUCGCAACCCUGCCUCUUCCUACCACCGCCACCUCCUCCUCGUCCUCUUUCUCGCCGCUUCCGCCACUCUACCCGUCGCCUUACGCUGCUUCAGCGGCGUCAGGCAUGACCGGGUCCAUGGGCUUAACCCAGCUCGGCCCGGCCCAGAUUCAGGUCCAGUUCUUGGCGCAGCAGCAACAGAGGGGCCUUCACGCGACGUUCUUGGGCCCGCGGGCGCAGCCGAUGAAGCAGUCCGGGUCGUCGCCGCUGGCUGCGACCGGGGCGGCGCAAUCGAAGCUGUACCGCGGCGUGCGGCAGCGGCACUGGGGCAAGUGGGUGGCGGAGAUCCGCCUCCCCAAGAACCGGACGCGGCUGUGGCUCGGCACCUUCGACACCGCCGAGGACGCGGCGCUCGCCUACGACAAGGCGGCCUUCCGCCUCCGUGGCGACCUGGCCCGCCUCAACUUCCCCUCCCUCCGUCGCGGCGGCACGCACCUCGCCGGCCCACUCCACGCCUCCGUCGACGCCAAGCUCACCGCCAUCUGCCAGUCCCUCGCCGGCAAGAACAGCUCCCCCGCCGCUGAGUCUGCCUCGUCCCCGCUGGACUCGCCCAAGUGCUCGGUGUCGACGGAGGGGGAGGAGUCAGUCUCCGCCGGCUCCUCACCCUCUUCCACACUGGCACCGCCCGUGCCGGAGAUGGUGAAGCUGGACUUCACAGAGACGCCGUGGGACGAGACGGAAGCCUUCCACCUGUGCAAGUACCCAUCCUGGGAGAUCGACUGGGACUCCAUCCUCUCAUGAACAAUCAACUCAACUACUAGUAGUAGCAAGAUUUAGUCAGCUCAAUUGCGAUGUAAAUUUGCUUCAGAAUUUGCAGCUGCAGUGGCUCGAUGGCAUUUUAGACAUGGGCUAUGGCUGCUGCGAGUAGCAGCAACUAGCUGGUUUGGUACCUCGUGCAGUGUUGUGUUGUAGUAGUACGGUGUUCAUCUCCUGGUUUUGCUGCCGGUUGUUUUUCACGGCAGGGCCAGUCGAGAAAGUGUAAUCCCUUGUUAUUAUCUGUUGCAGCUUAAUUCUUCCA